ACGCAAGCCCAAUGCGUGCGAAGUGACGGCGGCGACGGCAGUAGUGAUGGCGGCUCGCUGCGUAAGGCUGGCGCGGCGCAGUCUCCCGGCUUUGUCGUUGUGUCUCAGGCCCUCCCCGAGGCUGCUGUGCACCGCCACAAAGCAGAAGAGCAAUGGCCAGGGCCUGGAGGAGGACACGCGGCCCAGCGAGCCAAAGCCCGAGCCUCCCGCCACGGACAAGGUCCUGCUAGAAGAGAAGGGCCGGUUGGAGGAGCAGCUCAGAGAGACCGUGGAGAAAUACAAGCGAGCUCUGGCAGAUACUGAGAACUUGCGGCAGAGAAGCCAGAAACUCAUAGAGGAGGCCAAGCUCUAUGGCAUCCAGGGCUUCUGCAAGGACCUGCUGGAGGUGGCGGACAUUCUGGAGAAGGCCACCCAGAGCGUCCCGAAAGAAGCGAUCCGAGAUGAGAACCCUCACCUGAAGAGCCUGUACGAGGGGCUGGUGAUGACCGAGGUACAGAUGCAGAAGGUGUUCACGAAGCACGGCCUGCUCAGGCUGGACCCUGUUGGAGCCAAGUUUGACCCCUACGAACACGAGGCCUUGUUCCACACGCCCGUGGAGGGAAAGGAGCCAGGCACCGUGGCGCUGGUCAGCAAGGUGGGCUACAAGCUGCACGGGCGCACGCUGCGGCCUGCACUGGUGGGGGUAGCGAAGGAAGCCUAGCUGUGCCACGGCGCUGGGUCUGGUGUCCUUCGCUGUAACUCCUGAAAGGCGGCAUCACCUUGUCUCCUGCGUGUGCACCUGUGCCCUGUGCCCGGACUGGCCGGAAGCAGGAGAGGGUGGCUGAGCAGGGGCAGGGCGGCGCCCACUCAGGCUCAGGAACUGACUCAGCAUCUGCUCACGGCUGCUCUGUGCCACCACGCACUCAUUCUGCACACUGAGGGCCAGGGCUGUGGGGGCCUCUGUCCCAAGUAGCGCUGUAUCCACUCAAAUUCCGGUGAUUGCAAAGUAUUUUGAACAAAUAAAAGGUCUCUGGGAAUUCUGUUGGCUGCCUGGCCACACCCUUCUGCACCUUGUCGCCCACGCUGCAGCCCCAAGUCACUGGCGCCCCUGCCCACCACGCGCUUCCCUGCUGAGGAAAGGACCCCUUUCUCGUGCUAAAAGCAAUGUGCACUGCUGUUUGAGAAGAGUUCGGGUGUAACUGGCGUCUGCCUUUGGCUCCUCUGCGGAGACAGGAAGUGGGUGUGUGAACCGUGAGGCGCGUACCUUUACCUUGCUGUGACUGGGUCUGCCCAAGUCAGUGUCCCCCCUCCCCCCGGAGGCCCCGUUCUGUCCGUCACUGAGUUACCAACCACCUCAGAGUGUCCCCUUAAGGUGGGCCUUCUCAGAAUGCCUGCAUGCUUGGGACGCUUCGCACGUCCAUGCUCAAUUUUACAUUUUUAUUUAAGAGGGUUUGUUUCUUUUCCUACUUUCUGGUAACAGUUGAGUCCUUUGAUGGAGACCUUGAGCCCAAGGCCAAGCAGGACAGCUCCUCCAUGUCCCACCGGGCCCUGAGCAGCCUGGCACAGCCUUUUCCAGUGGAGCCAAGGCCACGGCGCCCUGUCUGGAGGAGGACUGGGCUGGCACCAGGCCAGUCCUCAUUUACAUUUACAUUGAGGACCUGGGGAGAGGGUUGAGCGAGCAGGCAGCUGUCGCUAGUGAGAAAUACAAGCCUCUGCCAUCAGUGCAAGGACAGAAGGGCUGGGCGGUAAGUGCACCUACUGCCCAAGGGUGGGGCAGAGCCCCUGGAUCUCAGUAGCAGUUUAGAAAGAUGCAGUCGUGCCGUAAUUAAAAUCUUCCUUUGUUACUA